AUGAAGACCGACAACUACCUCUCUGCUUGCCUCGCUGAGGCCGCCAAGUCCCCGCUCCACUACCGUCACGGUGCUAUCGUUGUUCGUGGCGGCAAGAUCAUCGGUCAAGGCCACAAUGACUACCGCCCAGGCUUCAACGGCGGCGCGCUCAAGCAUGGUCGCAUCGCCAAGGCCGGCGCAUUCGACGGCGAUGCGGUUGCCGAGUUGAAGAAGAAGCUGAAGCGAAAGCAGAAGUUACAACCGCCGAAGCAGCAGCAGCAGCAAAAGAGUAGCACGUUCACGCCAUUCGAGGGCAGUCCGAGCGUUGGCGGCGGCCACAGCGUCAACCAGCCGCUCUCGAUGCACUCGGAGAUGAUGGCCAUCUACUCUGCUCUCAACGCCUCCUCGACCAUGUCCUCUAGUACCUUCUCGCGCGAAAAACCGUGCUUCAAACUACCGCGUUCGGAUAAACGAAAAUCUCGACUACGACGCGAGGUCCUCCUUGCAUACGUUACCGCCGUGUGCGAGGCGGCCGCCGGCACUGGCCAGUUCCAGGUUCAAGAGUGCGGUUUUGAAGCUUCCACAUCUCAAUCAGCACCGCAGUACCACACGGAGCAGAGUACUGCGUUACACGAGGAGGAGAAGCCGAGUACUGUCUUUCACGGGAAGAAGCAGUGUCAGAAUCAUCAUCACGCGAACUUGAACGAGAAGAAGAAGAAUGGGAAGAAGAACGAGAAACAAGAUCUACGACAACAUCAGUAUCAGUAUCGGUACGGGGCGUACAAGUAUGAGCCUGCUCGAACAAUCACGGGCAAACCGUUGACACGAAAGCACGAUGAAACGACUAUAAAUGACUAUGAUGAUCAUGAUCUGACGACUUCUACGACCGGUAGUGAAUACUUCAGCACAUCGAGCGGGUCGGCGUCUGAUCGCAGUGACAAGCGAAAGAAGGACUACAAACGCUCCGGGAAGACGAAGACUGCCAACCCAACACUGGACCAUGAUGCUUCUCCGGAUCAGCCAAUGCUGUUACCAUCUGGACGCGCUGGUAGACAUGACGUGAUCCAUCGACAGCAGCAUUCAAGGCUACGUGGCGCAGAUGUAUAUGUUACCAGACUCGGCUGCUCGCAUUCUGGCACUGGGUCGCUGCAUGAUGAAUUAGUCAAUCGUGAGCCAUCAAGAUCUCCUGCUGCCACUCCAGCUGCUCAUGGGCAUGACUGCUUCGACUCUAGCAAAAUAGCUGCUUCUCGACCUUGCUAUCGGUGCAUAACUAUCAUGCAUCAGGUCGGUAUUAGGCGUGUGUUCUGGACGAAUGAUGCAGGCCAUUGGGAGGGAGGUAAGGUCGCCGCGUUGAUCGCAGCUAUGGAUGCUGGAAUGGAGAGCAAUGCCACUGGCGAAGGUGGUCCGAUCGGCAAUGGUGUCUUUGUGACCAAGCAUGAGGUGCUGAUGUUGAGGAGAAUGAUGGGAAGUAACGGCAACGGCAAGUGA